AUGCCUUCAGAAGAUUUAUCCAUGAGUACCACUCCCAGCGACCAAGAUAUCGUCCCUAUGGUACGUAACACGCCCCUACCUUUUAAACUCGAUAAUAUUGUCAAUUUUUCUGAGGCUUUGGAGCACAGUGUUAUGUGGGAUGUUACUACACAUAACCAUGGAGUCACGACUUCCAGUCAUGUACCAUGUAUUAAUACGGCCGUGUUUCAAUCUCAUCCAUUUGAUAUGCAGAUCCAAAAUACUGUUGAAAACGUAACCAAAGCGGUCAUCCACCAGCCUCAAGACCAAGAGAUAAGCAGUGCCGAUGAGAAGAAGAAGAAGAAGAAGAAGAUUAGAAUACCAUGGACUACUGAUGAGGACAGGCAACGAGCUCCUUGGAGUGAAGAUGAAUAUCAGAUCUUGGUUGCAGCCCACAAAAUGCUUGGCAACAAGUGGGCCACGAUUUCAAUGUUUCUCCCUGGACGCAGGGACACUGCAAUCAAAGGCCAUUGGAAUACAACAAAAAAUCAGGUGAAUCGUUUCAUGAAGAAGAAUGCAGACGAUAACAACAGCAGCUUUACUCCUAGAAACAUCCUUGAGAAGCACUUCUGGUCCAACAUAGUGGCUACCCAGAAUCUCGUCAGUGCUAACUCUGUUGCUGCAACAGCAAACAUAAGCAGCGUGGAGUGGAGCAACGAGUUGAAUGCUAAUGAUCUUGAUGAUGAUGAGGUUGCAGAGAUUUACAAACUCGUGGAUGGAUGGAUUCUGGAUGGAAACGCAGAUGAUGGACUUCUCUUCUGA